UCUGUAUGUCUACAACAAAAAGGCAGCCAUGGCGGUUGAGGGUCCCCUGAAGAAGCUCUGCGAGGAAGCCUCUUGCUCCAUCUGCCUGGACUAUUUCAAGGACCCGGUGAGCAUCGCCGAGUGCGGCCACAACUUCUGCCGGGCCUGCCUGACCCGCGGCUGGGGGGAGCCGGGGGCCUCGUCCGAGCCUGCCUGCCCCCAGUGCAGAGGAAGGACGCAGGAGGGGAGCCUCCGCCGGAACCAGCAGCUGGCCACCUUUGUGGAACUCAUUAAGCAACUCAGCCCUUUGGAAGCGAAGGGGGCAGUCUGCGAGAAGCACCGGGAGCCCCUGAAGUUCUUCUGCAAGGAGGUCGAAGCCCCCGUCUGCGUGGUCUGCAGCCUGUCCCAGGAGCACAAAGAUCAAGAGGUGGUUCCUCUCGAGGAGACUUUCCGGGCAGUCGUGGCAGUACGAAAAGGGGGAGUUUGCCAGAAGCACCAGGAGCCCCUGAAGCUCUUCUGCAAGGACGACGAAGCCCUCAUCUGUGUGGUCUGUGACCGAUCCAAGGAGCACAGAAAUCACGAAACUCUUCCUCUUGAGGAGGCCUCCCAAGAGUACAAGGAUCAGUUCAGCAGCUGUCUGGAGGUUCUGAAGAAGAAGAGAGAAAGAAUCGUAGCAUCUAGAGAAGAUGUAGAGAAGGAAAGCCAAGACCUGCUCAAGCAAACCAAAGGAGAGAAGCAAAAGACAUUAACCAAGUUCAGGCAACUGCACACAUUUCUGGAGGAACAGGAGAAAUGUUUGCUGGCCCAGAUGGAAGAGGUGGAGGAGGAGGUGGCAAAGAAAAGGGACCAGCACCUGGCCGAACUCUCUGAGGAACACUCCUCUAUGGAAAGCCUCAUCCGGGAGAUGGAGGAGAAGUGUCAGCAGUCAGCCAAUGAACUCCUGCAGGAUGCCCAAAGCACCUUGCAGAGGUAUGAAGAAAAGAAGACAUUUGAAAAUCCAGUGACUUUUCCUCUGACAUUGAAGUGGAGGAUCUGGGACUUCUGUGACAUCAAUCACUCACUGGACGUUGUCAUGAAGCAGUGGAAAGACACUCUGGAUUCUGGACUUGACCUGCAGAAAGCAGCAAAUGUGAUGCUGGAUCCAGAUACGGCCUAUCCCACACUCAUCCUGUCUGAGGAUAAGAAAAGUGUGAGACAAGGAGACAAAGCUCAAGCUCUGCCCAGCAAUCCUGAGAGAUUUGACUCAUAUGGUGCAGUCCUGGGCCUUGAGGGAUUCACAGCAGGCUGCCAUUUCUGGGAAGUCUGUGUGGGAAGUGAGGAAGAAUGGAUGGUGGGGGUGGCCAGAAAGUCCAUGGGGAGAAAGGGAAAACUUACCUUUAGUACUGAGGGAGGGAUGUGGGCUGUGGGGAAGUGGAAGGGCCUCUACAGGGCUACUGUAAAAGGCAGUCAUACCUCCCUGACUAUGAGUGGAGAGCUCAAGAGGAUCCGAGUGUGCCUGAACUACACUGGGGGACGAGUGGCCUUUUUCGAUGCUGGCCAAGCAGCCCUUCUCUAUGAGUUCUCUGGAGCCUCCUUCUCUGGAGAGACCCUCCUGCCAUUCUUUUUGGUGACUUUAAAAGGCCACCUCCAACUCUCACACCAGGGCCAUUAAUAAAAAUAUUGCUUAAGAGUACUGUUUUUGUAGCUCUUCAAGGGCCUUCUCCAGGGUCCCAGUCACCAAAACUGACUUAAACGUAAUUUUGAUCCAUCUGUACCUUGUGGCCAACAGCCACUGAUGGAUCUGUGUUCCUUAUGCUUAUCCAUUUCCCCUGAAGGCAUGAUUUGAUAGAGCUGGACUCAAAAAAGCUAUUUUCAAAGGCUUUGUCUGCCUGCCAGCCUGAAUGAAGGCACCCUCCCUUGUGAGGUGUGGUGUGACAGAGCCUCGGAUUCAUGGGCUCUUUUCAAGGGCUUUGGCUGUGUGGCAGCCUGAAUGGAGGCACAUUCUCCCUCCUUGGCUGAGGGGAGAAAUAUGGAAGUGUUGCCUGACUGAGCCUCGGAUUCAGAAAGGCUCUUCUUCAGUGGGGGAAGUCAUCCAAAGUGGUCAGGUCAUGCCUCCUCUCACACCAGGCAGGUAAACUAUUGGCUUGGAGCAAGGCUGACCCUCCAGUUUCUUUUUUUAGGUUUUUAUUGAAAAGUUAACAUAGAUACAAAGACAAAUCAGUGACAAUAAACUGUUGUAUGCCAAAUACAGAUUAUCACAUC